ACACUGCGAGGACAUGAAUGUAGAAUAAUUUAAUGAAUAUUUAAUUUUUGUUCUCUUUAAAUUUCAACGUUAUUUUUUCUUCUUUUUAUGGCAACAACCAAUUCCCGUAAAAAAGUUAAGGAUACUUGCUGCAGUGUAUUUGUUUUCUAAACCUUUUAUUAUUUCCAUUCAUAAAACAAACCGCCGUGUUAAUUCACUUUGCGGUUUGAAAUUCCUGACUGUAACUCCUUCCCUACGUACAGAUCGACCUCCUACCUAAAAUGACCGUUAUGCUAAAGAUUUAUAAACAUUAUUAGCCGCUUCGAAUGAGAUUUAAUGAAGAAAAUAAAAAUAAAGGGUCUAUCGAAAAGAAAGCUUCGGUAGCUUAUUGUGGAUUUCGCAAAAAAAAAUAUUUCAGAGUUAAAAAAGUCGACGUCAUUGGUUCUUACAGCAUCGUUCAUGCAAAAUUUCAAUUUUCACAUUCACUAGCUCCUAAGGUGGAAAAGGAUAAACCUAGAAUCUCCUGUGAAUUAAUUGGAAAUUUGGAAAAGGUCAUGGAGGAAAAAGCUGAUCAACAAAAUAUUGGUACCUCAGGACCUGUAAGUGAAGAUGUAGAGUCAGCACGAGAGUUUGAAAAAAUAAUUAAGGAGUAUGCGGACACUCUGCAGCAAUUUGGGAUUCAUGAUCGGGUUACUGGUUUUAGCGCACGAAGAUUCAAAGUCUUUGGAAGAUUUAAUGAACGAUUGACGAUUACUUCUCUUCUAGAUCAGUUGAUGUACCCGUUAAAUGUCUUGUUCUCCAGAAAGCCUAAACGCGAUACAAUUCCUUUGAUAAAGGAAUUUGACGCUGUAUUAGAUCCAGGUGCUUUUUUGUUGGUUAUCGGUCAUGAAGGAUCGGGUGCUCAUAACUUGCUCAAAGUGUUGAGUGGCGUUGUCGAGAAGAAUGAAACUUUGGAAGGAAGUCUGACUUAUAACGGUUUGGACUAUCAUACAAUGCACAGUCAAUAUAGAACUGAUUUAAGUUAUCACACUGAUGACCAUUCCUCAAUUGCGACCAUCAGUGUACGCCGUUUGUUGGAGUUCGUUUGCGCCUGCCGCCUUCCUGAAGUAAAAAGAGACGGUGUUUCUCGUCAAGAAACAAUACAAAAAAUAUGUGAACUUAUGCGAGAUGCGUUUGAACUGAAUCAAUAUUAUGAUCAACGCAUUUUCGAAAUUCGAAGUGGAGGUGAACAGAAACGUAUCAGUAUCGCAGAAACAAUGUGUGCACGGCCAUUAUUUCAAUGCUGGGAUAAUACCCUGCGUGAAUUCGAUUCAGUGACAGCUGCGCACAUUCUUUCAAGAAUCAAAAUCAUCUCCCGUGUGUUUGGAAUGACUCUAACAGCAAUUUCCAAUCAGUUAUCCGAUAAAAUUCUUCGAAUGUUUGACAUGAUAACUGUUUUAUACGAGGGUGAGCAAAUCUUUUACGGCCCCUCGUCCCGUGUGAAAGAUUACUUUUUAGGCCUUGGUUAUGUCCCGCAAAGUCAUAGCACUAUUGGCGAAUUUGUCACUUCGCUAUUCUAUCCAGAGCUUCGGAUUGUAAAUAAAAACCACAAAGGCUUUAUACCAUCCACUCCUGCUGAAUUCCGUCAAUGUUGGCUCGAAAGUGAGGAUUACGCACGACUAGUAUCAGAUAUAGAUCAAUACACAGAGUAUCAUAGUGAUGUUUCGGCUUUUCGUACAAAGGACGCAUCCAAUACGCCUAUUGUCAAAUGGAAACGCUUUUUCAAUCGCGUCCCCUCUAUCGUUCCUUAUAGACUACAAGUGUUGGCUUUUGCUAAAGUGACUUAUUUUCAUUAUCUCCACGACUAUUCUUUUCAUCUAACUUUUAUCUUCUCUUAUAUAUUUCAGGGUUUUAUGCUUGGGUCCAUUUUUUACCAAAUUCAAAAUUCGUCUGCCACUCUUUAUUCUCGAGGAAGCGUUCUUUCAGCCGGAAUUAUUUUUACCGCUAUUCAAACAAUGUCUGAGGUAGACAUUAUUCUUAUGAAAAAAUCGUUGUUUUCUGAACAUCAAAUUCAGUGUUUAUACCAACCGUCGGCUACUUUGUUUGGUUCAACCAUUAUAGAAUUCCCUCUUCGCUUGAUAUUUGUAUGUAUGUUUGACAUAAUUCUUUAUUUCUUGACUGGUUUACGAGUUAAUGCCGGUGCUUUCUUUACCUUUUUUCUGUUUACCGUCCUAAUUACUUAUUGUAUGGCAUCAAUCUUUCGAUUUAUUGCUUUACUCUCAACGACUGCCGAAAUAGCCGCUUUCAUAGGUGGUCUUGCCGCCAUUUAUUUUAUUGCGUUUUGUGGUUCUGUGAUGCCAAUCUUCUAUAUAGGAUGGUGGUUCCGAUGGCUUAGUUAUGCGAAUCCUAUCCAAUACGGGUAUGAAUCUGUUAUGUUGAACGAGUUUAAGAACACCAUAUAUAAAUGUUCUUCGAUCAUACCGAAUUUACAGUUUUCACUGAAGAACAACAUAUGCCCUUCUCCAUCCAGUAUAGCUGGAAUUCCUAAUAUCAUAGGCACUAAGUACCUGAGUACAGUUUUUCAAUAUAAGAGCUCCUUUUUAUGGAGAAACUGUGGUAUUAUUCUUGGUUUCUCUAUUUUUAUUUUGUUGUUGUCUCUUGUGCUAGCUAAUUUUAUCGUGUAUGAUAGAUCGUCUUCUGCUAUUCCUGAGUUUCAAAUGAGAAAGCUAUACACAACUGUUCAAAGUUCAUGGGCGAGAAACCCAAAUGAUGAAUCACUGAAACAGAAAAAAGAAUAUGAAGCUCAUAAGUCGAUGGACGUCUCCACGUCUUUAAAAACGACGGAUGAAUUAUCCCUAUGCUGGAAGAACUUAUCCUUUUACAUCUUGGAAGACGGAGUACAGAAAAAUGUUCUAAAAAACCUCAAUGGAUUCGUCAAGCCUGGGUGUUUUAUGGCAUUACUUGGUGAAAAUAAGUCAGGUAAAUCUGUACUUAUCAAAAUCCUUUCUCAACGCGGUGUAGCAGGAAUUGUCGAAGGAGAAGUAACUCUGAAUGGAAUUAGGAAUAAGAAAUAUUUACGGAAAAGAAUAGGUUAUGUGUCCAACAAACAGAUCUUUGUUCCUCAAUAUACUGUACGAGAAACGCUUCGGUUACAUGCUUCGCUUCGUCAAAGCGGAGCUGUAUCUAUCUCUGAACGAUAUAAGUACGUAGACGAGGUUAUUGAUUUUUUGGGUCUAUAUGAUGUCGCUAAAUUCAUUAUUGGUGAUGAGGGUGGAGGUUUGUCCCUGUACCAUAAAAAACUGACAGGGAUUGGAAUUGAGUUAGUCGCUAGGCCAGGAUCUGUUCUUCUUUUGGACGAACCAGCAUCAGGACUUGAUAGUCAAUCAGCUUGGAUGCUUAUUGCCACACUUCGAAAACUAGCAAACGCCGGUUUGUCAAUUAUAUGUUCGACUUCACAACCUAGCUCUCGGCUUCUUAAUUUAUUUGAUUCUUUACUAAUGCUCGAUGGGUAUGGUCAGACUGCCUACAUUGGCGACGUAGGGAAUUACGCUCAAUCUGUAACAAAGUAUUUCAAAAGGCUUCACGGAAAUGACGAAAACAGUGAUAAAGAUCCCGCUGAUUAUGCAAUAAGAUGUGUGUACUACUCAAACGAAAAUGAAAAGACCGAUUAUGCGGCUGCUUGGGCGUCGACGGAUGCAAAUAAACACCUUCUAUCCGAACUCGACCAUCUGAUGAGCAGCACAAUGAGUGAUGAACAAAUACACUCCGAACAAGAGUUUUUGAGUAGCAUGCCGUUCCAAACGUAUAAAAUUAUGAAGCGGAAUUUUAUCCUUUAUUGGAGAGACUCUACACUUCUCAUGAGUCGUUUAGCGUUUAAUAUACUAGCCGGGUUGCUUAUUGGAUUCGCAUUCUAUAAGCAAGGAAACGGGGUACAAAGAACACAGAACAAAAUGUUUUCUGCCUAUAUGUUAACGAUUGCUUCUACCUCAUUUGUUAACGGGCUGAUACCAAAAUUCAUUUAUUUACGUGACGUUUACGAAUAUCAUGAGGAAAAUUCUGCAGCUUAUAGUCGUUCUGCUUUUAUUCUGGCUUUCUUUAUUACGGAGGCAGUAAUUAAUUGUUGUUUUGGGACACUUUUUUUCCUUUGUUGGUACUACCCAAGCGGUUUUUACUUAGAUGGUCACAAUACCCCCUUUUAUGGUGGUUAUGCUUGGUUGAUCAUGAUGGCUUUUGCUCUAUACUAUACGAGCUUUGGUAUUGGCAUUGCUACUGUUUCCCCUAGUGUGGGUACUGCCUCUCUACUAAGUGGUACUGCUUUUGUGUUUGUACAAUAUUUUAAUGGUAUGGUCCAAGUACCUAGCCAGUUGGUAGGGUUUUGGAAGUGGAUGAAUGCCCUUAGUCCAUAUAAAUACUUCCUUGAGGGUAUGAACGGAAACAACUUGCAUAAUGUACCAGUUGUCUGUGAACCCACUGAAAUGUAUUUGGUAGAUCCCCCUUCAGGAUUGACCUGCGGACAAUAUUUCUUUGAUUAUAUAAAGUCAUCUGGUGCUGGCAUUGUUUACAAUCCCCAAUCUAUCUCACGCUGUGAGUUUUGUCCAUACACUGUUGCAGAUGAGGUCCUGGCCAAUUUUGGAUAUUAUUAUCACCAUCGAUGGAGAAAUUUUGGCAUUCUUAUAGGGUAUGCGGCUUUUAAUCUUGGGUUCGCGAUAGUCAUAUACGAGAUUAUUAGAAGCAUACCGUUUCAUCGUUUUCUUAGUCUAUUUAUUAGAAAGCGAGUUCAGCGUACUCGUAAGAAGUCCGAAAUGUUAAACAAGAAAAAAAACAAGAAUGGUGAUUCUAGCGUCGCUUGAGUUGGCACGUAUGAUUACGUUUGUUUAUUAAAAAACGUGUUGGCUCGACAAAGAAAAAGAGAGUGAAAAAUUCGGGAAAAUAAUCUCCAACAAGAGGCCUAAAAUGACUAUAGGUUCUUGCAAAACAGAGACUCUAGGUUUUGUUUUGUAUUGUAUAUUUUAUUAUUUUUUUGGAAAUAAUUGAACUUUCUUUUGAACGCAUCUAAAAAAAAGAAAAAGAAAAAGAAAAAAAAAACCAAUUAGAUAGAAAAAUACACCAAGUCUAUUACUUUUGGAAAGGAGACCAUCUUUCUCGUCAAAGUAUACGAAACCUUUCAACAAGUAUGUUUUUUUAAUUUAUACGUUUUGCAUUGAAUCGUUACAAACAUGUAUUUUCAGUAAUUGCUGUUUAAUGGAAAUUUUUAUUUCUUU